AUGGACAUCUGCCAUCCAAGGUUCUGUCAUGUGAUAUUACUCUGCACAGAGGGAAGUUGGAGAGCCCUGCAUGCUGCUUUACUCCACUGGGGACCGGGGCCGCUCGGGCAGCCGCACGAACGGGAACUGAGUCUUGGUUGGAGGUUCUGCUCUGGGGCGCCCCUAAUCCGCUCGGGGACCCGCUUCCCCCUGCCUCGGGCUGUGGAGGGGCAGAACGGCGCGGAGGGGGCUCGGAGCGCUCUCUGUGCCCGCACCCAAGGGACGUCUGGUGCCUGGGAUGGCCCCGGCGGCGCGGCCCCUGUCCCACCAUCAGCCGCGGCUCUGCGGGCUCAGCGCGGAGCGGAGCGCGGCCCCGCGGGACUCCCGCACGGCCGAGCGGGCGGCGGGAGCCAAACCCGGGCCGAGUGUGACACCUACCUGCCAGCGCCGGGAGCACCGCGCCCGCGGCCGGCCCUGCGCGGGGCUGCGCGCCCGCGGGCCCCGCCGGGACCUCCCCAGCCCGGGGGCAGCGGCGCUGAGAGCCGGCGUGGGCAGCGGGGGAAGGGAAAGGGGCCGCGGCCGCCCCCGCCGCACCGAGAGCCUUUGCCCGGGAAGUCGGCGGCCCCGGCUGCCGCCGCAGCACCGCUGCUGCAGCGACGCGGGCUAAAUCUGGCAGAAAAUCGAACUCAUUAGCAAAGUUCACCAGCUGAUUGCUUUGCAUAAAACACGACACUGAUUGGAAGUAAUUAGGUUAAAAGAUGGGACUGCGCUUCGAUUUGGUGUUUCUAACAAGUGCUUUUGUGCGUGGCCUGAUUUAAGCCUUCACCUCUGGGAACAGCGUCCCUCCCGCACCCUGCCCCGUCCCGCUGCCGCCUCCUCUCCUGGCCCCGCGGCCGGCUCUCUCCACCGGAGCCCCCGACCUCUUAAAAAUUUCCUGCCACUUCCAAAAAGGCUUCAGGUACUACAUUGAGGUCCUCAGUGGAGCCCCGCGUCUCAUUUAAGACGUGCUUUUAUUUUUCCGCAGCUAUGCACAUGUCUGCCCGUUGCAAAAAGAGAGUGGUUUUGAUUCUGUUAAAAAUCUCUUUUAAUUAAAUAUUUGCAUUUUACAAAGGCGGCUGCAAGUUUGUUUGUUUGGGUUUUUUUUAAUCUAAUACGUAUAACCUAUUUCCUUUUUUUGUCUCGUUUUUGCAUUAUAGUUUAACUCACACCCAA